AUGAACUACUUACCUCUGCUGGUGUGUGCGCUGUGCUCGGGCUGGAGUGCCGCCUUCUACCUCCCCGGCCUGGCUCCGGUCAGCUUCUGUGAAGUGGGGAGUGAGAAGGAGAACUGCAAGUCAGAAACUCAACUCUACGUAAACCGACUGGACUCUGUUGAAUCAGUUCUGCCAUAUGAGUAUGACAGCUUUGACUUCUGCAAGGAUGAACAUGAGAAACAUCCUUCUGAAAACCUUGGACAAGUCCUUUUUGGAGAAAGAAUUGCUUCAUCGCCAUAUAAAUUUCACUUUAACAAAAAUGAAAGCUGUGCGCUGGUUUGUACAAAAGGAUAUGACCCAAACACUAAAACUGCUGAGCUUGAUUUCAUUAAAAAGGGCAUCCAGCUUAACUAUCAGCAUCACUGGAUCAUUGAUAAUAUGCCUGUUACCUGGUGUUAUGAAGUGGAGGAUGGUCAGAAAUAUUGCAGUCCAGGGUUCCCUGUUGGGUGUGCUGUCACUUCAGAUGGCAGAGUGAAGGAUGCCUGUGUGAUUAAUACCGAGUUUAACAAGAAAGACACGUUUUACCUCUUCAAUCAUGUUGAUAUAACCAUUACAUAUCACAGUGGUAGAGAGGAAAACUGGGAUGGAGGAAGACUUGUUGCUGCAAGGCUUGAACCAAAAAGUUAUAAACACACCAAUGUAAAUGACUUAAAAUGUGAGGGUCAUCCAAUGGAGAUCCCCAAAGACCUAACUGGCCACCUGGAGGUUAUCUACACAUACUCCGUGACUUUUCAAGAAAAUAAUAUCAAUAAAUGGGCAUCUCGUUGGGAUUACAUACUGGAGUCCAUGCCACACACAAACAUUCAGUGGUUCAGUAUAAUGAACUCCCUGGUAAUAGUCCUCUUCCUUUCUGGGAUGGUAGCUAUGAUCAUGCUGCGUACUCUUCAUAAGGACAUAGCCAGAUAUAACCAGAUAGAUUCUUCUGAAGAUGCACAAGAGGAAUUUGGUUGGAAACUAGUACACGGUGAUAUAUUCAGACCUCCCAAGAAAGGAAUGCUACUUUCUAUAUUCCUGGGUCAAGGAACACAAAUUUUUAUUAUGACAUUCAUUACGCUGUUUUUGGCAUGCCUUGGAUUUCUGUCACCUGCUAACCGAGGAGCACUGAUGACAUGUGCAGUUGUAUUGUGGGUCUUGCUGGGAACUCCAGCUGGCUAUGUGUCUGCUCGGAUGUACAAGACUUUUGGAGGAGAGCGAUGGAAAUCCAAUGUACUACUGACAGCCCUUUUGUGUCCAGGAAUUAUUUUUGCUGAUUUCUUCAUUAUGAAUGUAAUUUUGUGGGUUAAAGGCUCUUCAGCUGCAAUCCCCUUUGGGACAUUAGUGGCUAUCCUGGCAAUGUGGUUUGGAAUUUCUGUCCCCCUGACAUUCCUAGGAGCAUACUUCGGAUUUAAAGACAGACCUAUUGAACAUCCGGUUCGCACAAAUCAAAUACCGCGUCAGAUUCCCACACAGUCCUUUUUCACCAAGCCAUUUCCUGGCAUCAUUAUGGGUGGUAUUCUCCCCUUUGGGUGCAUUUUUAUCCAACUGUUUUUCAUUCUCAACAGCAUUUGGUCUCAUCAAAUGUACUAUAUGUUUGGUUUCCUGUUUCUGGUGUUCAUAAUACUACUGAUAACUUGUUCAGAAGCUACCAUCUUGCUGUGCUACUUCCAUCUAUGUGCAGAGGAUUACCAUUGGUGGUGGAGGUCCUUCCUAACAAGCGGAUUCACUGCUGUUUACCUUUUUAUCUAUGCAGUUCAUUAUUUCUUCUCUAAGCUUCAAAUCACAGGAGCUGCCAGCACCAUUUUGUACUUUGGAUACACAAUGAUCAUGGUUUUAAUUUUUUUCCUGUUUACAGGUAGGUGA